AUGUCUUCAUCUCCUAAAAAAGAAAAAGAAAGCAUAAGCCUCCUUAGUCAAACUAAAGCCAGAUUUGAUGCUGUUUUACGAUCAGCUGUUAGAAAAUCUGAUGCUGCCAAAGCCAGCAUCACCACUUCUUCCCUAAAGCGCAGUACUCGCGAUCAAUCAGAUCCUAAUGCAUUUUCAUCCCAGCAAAAUUUAAUAGAUGAAUCACCAGAUCAAGAGAUACCGACACUUGAAUUAUUUAAACAGAAGAAAUCAAAGAGUCGAACAACCGAUGACAAUGAGACAUCAUUCGUUACAAAAACACCAUCUCACAGUAGCAAAAAAUCUCAAUCAAAUGACUUCUUUGAGUCGUCGUCAUCAAGAAAGCCGUCUACUAUUAUUUCUGCAUCACGCUCCAAGUCCAACAAAGCAGUGUUGAAACACAGUAGAAAUAAUAGUAGUUCUUUCGAAAGCAAUGAUGAAUCGUCUUCAGAUGAACAAUCUCAAAUCAAUCGUAAAGAUUCCAACAACAUUCCUACAGCCUCGUUUGUGGAUGAUAAUCAUGACACAGAACCCGAGGAAGAGCAUGAACUUCAAAAACCAAAACCACUUCCCCGUCGAAAAUCAUUUAUGGUUAACGAUUCAAUGGAGCUUCCAUUAGAGAAACCAGUACCAAAAACAAGACAAAUUUAUAGCAGAAAGAAUUCGUCUGAUGACAAUAAAAUCGAGCUAACUAAAAAUGAAUCCAGGAGUAAAAGAUCAGUUAAAAGUAGAUCAUCCAGAUCUCAAAAGCAAAUGGAUGUUCCAAGCAGCAAAGGCGAUAACAAAAAUCAACCCUUGGCGUCGUCUCAUGAAAAUUUGUUUGAAAAAUCUGAUGAAAAUAUCAAAGAUCUACUUAAUUCUCGAUCUAGGACAAAAAGUGUUGGACCUCAACAUCGAAGCAAAAGUAGAAAAAAACGGGAACUUCUUGGUGCCGAUUCAACUCCGAUUCGAAAAAGUGGUAAAAAUUUUGGAACUAAGGAUUCUGAAAAAGAUGAUGAUGAAGUUGUUGAAGGUCGCUCUUACAAAAAAGUUGUAGGUAUCAUCGUUCACAAUAUGUCUUGGUUAGGCCGAUCACUAUCGAAAGGGUUUUUAUUGCGGCCUUUUGUCAGAGUAUCAAUUUAUAAAACAACUAUGAAUAAACCUUUACACGAUCCUAUGAAAUCCCAGCAUUUCAAUUGUUUGAGUAAAGAGAUUACUCCAAAAUGGGAAGAACUUUUUGUAUUUCCUAUAGAUUAUGAUACCAUAGAAGACAAAAACACAAUUUUGUUUUUUGAAAUAUUCGAUAUGAAAGUUGGUUUCAAAAGAUCGCAAGAUGUAGAACAUUGCUUGGCAUGGGCAUUUUUAAAACCAAUCGGUGUUAAUGGAAUGAAUAAUACUCAUAACAAAUUGCAAUUGCAACUCUAUAAACCUAAAACUGAUGUUAGAGAAACUGAAGGAAUACAUGUGUUUGAUUGGUGGUCAUCAACCAGAAGAAAAAAAUAUCCAGGGACACUAUAUGUUACCGUCAAAAGCAAACGUAGAAAAAAGUCGGAUUUAAAACCAGCAUCUGAAGAAAAACAGCAGGAACGGAGCAAAAGUCAUAAUGAUUUAACAAACGAAAGAACCAAGAAAAUUGCAAAGGAAGAACCAAGGACUUAUUCCUGGUCCAGAAUUUCGGGUCAAGUGUGUAAAUUGCCUAAUUGUCGUUUGGUAAAAUUGCCUACCUUAGACAAGGGCAGUUUAUCAAUUCGCUUCAACCAUGCUGGUGAUUUAUUGGCAUGCGCAUGUGCUGAUACUUUCAAUAUAAAUGUAUACGAUAUUCCUGGAGGAACUUUUCGUUUUGAGCUAACUGGCCAUCAGGGUCUGGUGUACGACAUAUGCUGGACGCACAACGACAUGAAGCUACUCAGUGCAUCUUCUGAUAGAACGGUUUGCAUAUGGGACAUGAUUGAAGGAAAUUUAUCUCAGUUACUAUCACAUCCCUCGUUUGUAUAUGCCUGCGACGUGACAGUAUCUUCAAGACUGGCAGUGUCUGGUUGCUUUGAUCGUAUAGUGCGAAUUUGGCAACUUGCUUUGGAUCCUAUGUCUUUUUCUGAACCGCCGUCGUAUGAAUUAUAUCAAGAACUACCAGAUGAGCAUAAAGGAUACAUCACUGCAGUUUGUUUUGGAUCGGACAGCAGGACUGUGUAUAGCGGUGAUAGCGCAGGCAUUAUCAACGAAUGGUCAAGAACUUCUGAAGACUUUUGGCAGUGGACCAGACAUAUGUGUCCGGAACUCAAUGCUGUGGUGAACCGUCUUUGUUUGCAUCCAUCCGGAGAACGUCUUCUGGUCCAUGUUCGAGAUAAUAUUCUACGGAUUAUACAUGUUGAAAGAGCUACCGUUGUCCGUUUACUGAAAGGUGCUACAAAUUUUAGAAUCCAAACAUCGGCUUGUUUCUCUCCUUGCGGCAAUUUGGUGCUAGGUGGCAGUGAGGAUGGUUUGGUGACCGUCUGGGACACCGAUAGUGGCCAUCGAAUAGCAGUUUACAAAUUUCCAUGGAUACCAGUGCAACAUGCAGACCAAGAAGAGAAUGAUGAACCUAUCACCGCCAUGGCAGCUGUAGAUUAUCAUCCGAAGGGCCAUGCAGCAGCAUUUUGCGCUUAUGGAUUCAGUACCAGCGUCUACGUGUGCAAAUAUGAUAGAAAUGCUGAUUCUAAUGUCAUUGGACUUACACUGUUUAAAGAAAGAUAUAAGGAAUCAGAGUUCAACAGUAAUGCAAGUGAAAUAUCAUUAAAUCAUCAACCAGUGCAGUCAGAAGAGAAACAGAAAACCCACAAAAGAUCACCAGAGUCUGAUGCCAUAUAUCAAAAGCAUAAUGAAACAUCAAAUGAUGAUUUAAUUAAACCUAGCACAAGCCGAGCUGGUCAAGAUGGAAUCAAAUUAUCGGCUCUGAUCAGGAAAAUAGACAAUAUUCUGAGUCCAAUAAAAAGGACUAUUUCUAAACCACAAUCUCCUGAUGGAUUAAUAGACACUAGGUUUAUGAACACUCUCAGUGAAAUGAAAAGUCAGAAGCUGAAAAAACAGCCUAAGAAUACUCGUCAAGAACCUGUAAAUGAAAUAGUAGUCAUUGGUGAGCCUCAUCAACCUCCGAUGCAACCAGGAAGAAGUUUGAAUAAGAACCAUAAUUUGGAAAAUAAUAAAACAAACUUUAAUACAGCUAUAUCGCAAGACAGUCUUAUGACUUCUAAUAGAAACCAUGAAGAUUCAUCUACUGCUGCUUCUGACGACGAGACUAUUACAUCAAGAAAUGAAGCUAGCAAUGCCAAUAAUCGAACUUAUAGCAUACAAAAUAAUUUCGAAGAAGAUUUAGUCCAAUCGUCGAGUUUUGCAGAAUCUUUGGUGACAGAUGAGGAUUCUAACAAUGAUUCACCACGAGCCAGAAGACGAAAACAAAUAUCUGGUAAAAAAGUUGUUUCUCAUAAGGGUAAAAGAUGGAAAUAA